AUGGAAGCUACUUCUGGUUUAAAUCACCGGAACCAAGCGGAGCAACAUUCGAGGAAGCUGAAGGUGCUACACCGAGCCUUCACUGCAAUCCCACGAAAGCUGAGAUACAGUUCUAAAGUACAACGACAUGGGCCCCUUGAUGAUAUGAAUGGUGACACUGGAGCUGCGGCUCCCCCGAUCCGUCAAGGAUUCAGCCUUCCAAGACGUCAUCGAUCCUCUCUCAGAAAAUCGCACCGACUACAGCAUACUCCGCAGUUGGUGAACACCUGGAUAGACACAUCAAAUUUCGAUUUGAGUACACCACGCGAAGAGUCCGACUACAGCGACAAUCUGUAUUGCAGAAUUCUGAGCAUGAAGAAGAACGUCUCGGGAGACGAAAAAGAUAAAGUGCACCGAAUCGCUAGACAUGACUCCACGAUAUCUUUCGACAGUGUAGAUGACAUUGAAGACGUGAAGAGUGCAGAAGAAACAUGGAACCAGAGCAAAGAAGCGAAAGCAGGCCUCCUCACUGCUCUCACAGCAUUCUACAGCUUGUUUCUGACAAUAUUCGCCCUAGUGCUUGAACUUUCCCAUUUACUAUCGGGCGAAGAGCUCAGAGAAGUUAAUCUAAAAGAUAUGAUUUUUGGUGCGUAUAUGUACGGAGUUUCCAUCUUCUUCUUUAUUUAUAUGUAUGUCGUAUUGUUGCUCAAUCCUCGCUGGUACUGGACUAUCAGUUUUCUAGAGCUAUCGAUUACUGGUCAUCAUACUGCUGCUCGAUUUGGCACAAUGCAUCUGAUAGCGGCUAAUUUGUGGACAUGGAUAAGAUAUGUUCUUAUGGAAGAAGGAGUGAUGGAAAGGGAGAUAAGGGAAGUUUUCCAUACACUGAGUAAUCGCUCCGGAACUGUGCUGGACGAGCAAUCUGCUCAUGCAUUUGAGCAUCGAGACAUCGAUCUCAUAGGAGGCUGUCGAGCUGCUGAAUGCAUCCUCGGAAGCCUCUCCGAAGUGAUGUUCACAGCAAUUGUUGAGUAUUCGCUCAUAGCCGCUGCGGUGAUGUACAUCGUUUGGCGAAAUAUUGGAAGAGCAGGACAUGGUUCUGAAUAUGUAAAGCGAAAACAUCGUAUUAGAGUGGAUUGCUCGAAAACCACAACAGGACUAUUUCUUGGACUUGCUUUUCUUGCUGCAACAUUCACUUCUAUGAUAGUGUACUACGGCUAUUCCAUUCUCGGUAAAAGCAAAAAUGCUGCAUAUGUCUACGCACUCUCCGAUAUAGCACAGUACAUCAUCGCAACAAUAGGAUGUGCAAUGGCUCUAUACCAAAUGAAAACACUUAUAUAUGUCAACAAGCGUCAAAAUCACAUCUCCAAGGACCAGGAGCUCUUGGACCAGAUUUUACUUUGGGUUGGGCUCGUUGGUGAACUUAUUUACUCAGUGGCAGGAAUUGUUGGACUGACUGGCGACGGACCAUGGGAGCCACUUGUUUUUAUUCUAUUUUUUGUACAUAUCGUCAGACUAAUACAGGUCGGUUCGCAAACGUUUCUUAUUUAUUUGGCGUCGAAGGUUAAAGUUGGCGACUCAAGCAAAGAAAGGCAACCAGGGAAGCAAGCAAUCACUUUUCUCCUGGCCGCGAAUCUUUCAAUAUUCUUUAUGAACCUAUUUGAAAGCGAGAAGCCCGGAGUUUCCGAAAACAUUAUAGAUUUCUAUGGAAAACGAUCGUGGGUAUUUCUGGUGCGCAGCUUCUCGCCGCUCACCAUAUUUUACAGAUUUCAUAGUUCUGUGUGCCUCGCCGAGAUUUGGAAGAACGUUUACGCAAAUAAGUAG